UAUUAUGCAGCUCCGAACCUGCGUUCAGACAGCGAGAGCGAUUUCUCCCCCUCGAACUCUGAGGAUGAUGAUGAUGCUGAAGAACACGAGGGGAAGAGGGUCGACCAGCCCAAAACACCCAGUAAAAACACGUCCGCUGCUGCGCUCUAUAAGACGCCCAGUAAGAAGGGCAAGAAAGCAGCAGAGUCUGAUCUGGUGGAGGAGUAUUUUGAAGCUCACAGCAGCUCUAAGGUUCUCACGUCCGAUCGGACCCUCCAGAAACUCCAGACGCCCAAACUGGACCGGGAAACUCUGCUCAGCCUCUUGGGUAAAAACCAGCCACGCUUCGCAGAGGAAAUUAAACAGCUCAAUGCAAAACACGAGAAGAACUUCAACCAGUGGAUGCUGCAGCUGCACAUGGGCUUUAACAUCUUGAUCUACGGUUUGGGCUCCAAGAAGCUCUUGCUGGAGAAGUUCCGCACAUCCAUGCUUUCUGACUACGAUCAUGUGGUGGUCAAUGGCUUCUUCCCCAGUAUGACCCUCAAAUCGAUCCUCAAUUCCCUCACCUGCGACGUGUUCGGACACGAGGGAACAUUCCGUAAUCCUGCAGACCAGAUCGACUUCAUCAUCAGAACUCUCAGAGAGGACCCGAGCAAUCACGUCUUCCUGGUCAUCCAUAACAUCGACGGGCCCAUGCUGAGGGGCGACAGGAACCAGCAGGCACUGGGGCAGCUGGCGGCGCUUCCCAACAUGCACCUGCUGGCCUCCAUCGACCACAUCAACGCUACACUCAUCUGGGAUCAAGCGAAGAUGAGCAUGUUCAACUGGCUGUGGUACGAAACCACCACGUACCUGCCGUACACUGAAGAGACGUCAUACGAGAACUCACUGCUGGUGCAGCAGACCGGAGCACUGGCCCUCAGUUCACUUACACACGUGCUGCGCAGCCUCACGCCCAACGCCAGGGGAAUCUUCAGAUUACUGGCAGAGUUUCAGCUGGAGAACAAGGACAAUCCUGCAUAUACGGGAUUGUCUUUCCAGGAUUUCUACCAGCGCUGUCGCGAGUCGUUCCUGGUGAACAGUGACAUCACGCUGCGCACGCAGCUCACCGAGUUCAGAGACCAUAAACUCAUCCGCAACAAGAAGGGCGCUGAUGGAGUGGAAUAUCUGCUGAUUCCGGUGGAUAACGGCACUCUGACAGACUUCCUGGAGAAAAACGAUGUGGAGUGAAACCAGGAAAACCUCACUGCUGUCCACGGCUCAGUUAAUGUGUUUAGCUGAAUAGCACUUAAAUGUUUCUGAUAAAUAACUUGCCAACAUUGUAUCAUAAAUGAUUUGAUACAGGAGGAAACGUGGCAGGUUUGACUGAAGACAGAGACAGCUUGUGUGGUUGCAGGGUUAAAGGUCUCUUAAAACAACAGUUCACCCAAAAAUGACACGAUGCUGAAAGAUUAGGAUGAGUAUGUUUCUUCAUCAG